AUGACGGAUUCUAUAGUUCGUAAAUUCGAUGAAAUACAGGAUAUGUGGUUCGAUAGAUUCGACAUGAACGAUAAGGAAAAGAGAAAGAACGAUAACAAUUUACUUACUAAAAGAAUCCUAAAAUCUAAAAUAGGUGAAGCUUCAGCAUUUAAUACAGUACAUAACUUUUACACCGCUGUUUAUAUUUUCAAUAAUUUAUUUAACGAUGAACGAGAAAGAAAAGAAAUGUUUAACGGAAGAAAUGAAUAUGAUUUUAUCCUUUGUGCUGUUCGGGAUGUUGACAUGAAACUAAAGAAAAUAUUCUUAUUACAAAAUGAUACCGUUAAGAUGAAGUCAAUGAGUUUUUAA